CCGGACAAGCACCGGUCGGGCACGGCCCAGCCCCAGGUCGGGUGCCCGGCACGGCGGGGCCGCCCUCCCAGCCCCGGGCGAGGCGGGGCGGUGCCGGCCCGGGGCGGGCGGGGGGCGGGAGGAGGCGCGGACCGACCCGCCCUCACCUGCCCCCGCCCCCUCGCCCACCUGGCCACAGCUCGGGCGGCCCCGCCGCGCUCGGCACCGCACCCGCCGCCGCGGCAGCAUGUUGCCCAGGGCAGCCUCGUCCAUGCCGCCGCCUCCCAACCCCUCUCCCUACUUCCCGCCUGCCCGGGUCACGCUGCCCUCCGGCCUGGAGAUCCUGCGCACCUUCUCGGGAGCCGUCAUCUUCCUGGAGAUCCUUUUUGGAACAAUAGUCUGGAUUUUGGUCGCUUCUACCCAAGUUCCGCUGCCACUGCUGCAGGGAUGGGUCAUGUUUGUAGCAGUGACUGCAUGGUUCCUGUCCAUUGUGUUCCUCUCUGUGUUCCUCUUCGGCUAUGCAAAUAGAAUUGCUGUCAACUGGAACCAGGCGGAUUUUAUUUUCCAUGGGGCUACUUUUGUCUUUUAUUUUGGAGCUUUUCUACUCCAAGCAGCAACUACAUCUCUGCAUCACUUUCCCCGCAAAUUCAAUUCCACCGCACAAGAGAGGAUUCUAACUGGUCAUGAAUAUAACAUCAGCAUAGCAGCUUCGAUUUUUGCCUUUGCAACAGCUGUUUGUUAUGGUUUCAGCACAGCCCUGGCAUUGAGGAGAUGGAGACUAAAUAAUAGUUGAAGAGAGAUUGACACCCAUGUGUUUCACUUCAGAUCAAAUUAAGUGCUACUUGUCUGUUUUACUGUAAUUCCAAAAAGACUUUUUUUCUGCUUAAAAUCUGUUUUAAAUGCAAAUAACCCUUAAUUAGGAUUUCCUCAACAAGUUUCCAUCUCUUCCCUUUCUAAUAUUUACUUUUAUUGUGUAUACAUUUUAAGUGUACUCGUAUGGUAUUAGGGAGUUCAGAGAUAAACAGACAUGUCAUUAGCAGACAGCAGAACUCUAGUGCUACAUCAAUAGAGGAAGAAAAUGGAAAUUAAGCCAAGAUGUUGACUGCAUAGACAGAAAAAAAGCUUCCCUCUUGUUAAGUCCUGGGAUUGGGCCUUAAGUGUCUUGCAGCAUUAUGGUGCACUCCACACAGGUCCAGCCUUGAGGCUCCUUGUAGAGUCAUGGAUGUUCUGUGUGCUGCUCUUUGCAUGAUCAGAGCUGACUUUGAGAUAUCAACUUAGUAUAUAUGUAUUAUUAACUUCGAUGUACAGAGAAUAUAUUUUAAAAUAACCAUGCAGUGAAAUUUUUUGAUACUCUUUUGUAGCCAUAUCUGGCUGUGGUCAUCUGAUCCUUGAAGCUUAUUACAUUCUAUACUAGAUGAAAACUGUUUGGGACUGACAAUCAGUAGUUCAUUCGUUUUAGGAACUAUUUAUCAGAUCUAUUUAUACUGCAAAACAAAACAGUGCAUUUGUGUUGUGUGUGUAUAUACAUGGUGUAUCUUUGUUUAACAGGAAUAUUUGCACUGUUUUACUUCCUUAGAGUACAGAUUUGUUUUUGUUACUUAAAGUGCUGCAUUUGUUGGGUAUUGUGUGAGUCAAUAUCAUUUGAAUGGAAUGUUACCAAAUGGUGAAUAAUGUCUGACCUCAAUUCUUGCAGUGUGUUAUUUGUUGCAUUCUAAACCUGCAGUGUUGUAAAGGUGUUUUUAUUUGGACAGAUGCCUGUGCAACAUCUUACUGAAAGCAGUGGAAUGCAAAGCAAUCCACCCACUAUGGAGUUUGCUUUUCACACGAAUGAAGUUUAAUUGAGCCUUUCUUGAAUAUCCUGUUGUAUAAUGACAUGCAAUAUUUUAUAUAGAUAAUUGAUUUAGCAAAACUAAACGAUAACGUUGUGCUCUGCUCCCUGACACUCACGUCCUUUUGCAGAUGGUGAAAUUUUUUUUAUAUUGCUAGCAAAUAAUUUUUGCUGUUGCGAAUAGUGCCAAAUAGAUAACCUGGGAGAAUAAAAGCUCCCUGUCAUUCGUAAAACAACUUGUUCACUACAUCCUGCCAGUGCACCUGAAUAUUCUGCAGAGACCAGCAGUGGUUGGUAAGGGAAGACAGGAUUUCCUUCAUUCCCAGGUGUACUCAUUCUCCUUGAGCCAACAACGGUAUCUGCCAUGGAAGUUGCUUUAUCAAACUUGUCAGGGACAAGCAUUUCUGAGAGGCAGCCACCCCCAGCAGUGCCCUGCAGUCCCUCCUGACGCAGGAUAGGUUCUCAUGGGUGACACGGCACUGAGUGGCAGCCCUUCUGACUACGGAACCACUUGGUCAUCUGGAAUUACUGCAAUGGGAUGUUUUCCAUUAUCUGUUUUCUGAAUCUUUUUUUCUUCCAAAGAUUUUGUACUCUUAUCUGAUUUUUUUUUUCCUAAUUCUCUAAUUGCGUUGAGACUUUUUGUGAACAUUUUAUCUAGAGCCAUAUACUUUUAAAAAUACUUCAUAUUGUAAAAAAUACCUUUACACUGGAGUAUAUGGAUGAAAGUAUAUAACAAAGACUUAUGCUAAGCAGCAUUAAAGUUACUUAAUAUAUUUA